AUGAGUGGCAUGCAGUCUCUGCUGCCCUGGCUGCUGCUGCUGCUGCUGCUGCCGCUGCCGGCGCUGCUGGGGCCCGGCCCGGCUGGCGGAGUGGGCCUGCCACCGGCCCGCUGCGCCCCUUGCACUGCAGAGAAGCUGGCCCUGUGCCCGCCGGUGGCGGCUGGCUGCCCCGAGACGGCGCGGCAGCCCGGCUGCGGCUGCUGCCAGAUGUGCGCCCUGGGGCCGGGGCAGCCCUGCGGGGUGUACACAGCCCGCUGCGCCCGCGGGCUCCGCUGCCGUGUCCCGCCGGAGCAGCCCGGCCCGCUGCGCGCCCUGCUCCGGGGCCAGGGCACCUGCCUGCCGCCCACCACCGGCGAGGCCGUCGAGCCCACAGACUCUGUAGAACUGGAGGAUAUAACUUUAGAAAGCACAGAAAUGACCCAGGAUCAGCUGCUGAGCUAUCAGUUGAUGUUUCCCUUCGGCCAGGACAAAUCCAUCCCCUGGAACGCCAUCACUGCCUAUGAAAACAUGAAAGCAAAGAGGAUAUCUGAACUCAAGAAAUGGAGAGAGCAGGGACCAUGCCAGAAGGAGCUCUACCGAGCCCUGUAUAAAUUGGCCAAAGCCCAGCAAAGGAGCGGAGGGGAGAUUUACAAAUUCUACUUGCCCAACUGCAGCAGGAACGGCUUUUACCACAGCAAACAGUGCGAAACGUCGCUGGACGGCGAGUCUGCCGGGUGCUGGUGUGUCUAUCCGACGAGCGGGAAGCGAAUCCCUGGCUCUCCGGAGCUGAAAGGAGACGCCGAAUGCCAACAGGAGCUCAGUUCGCAGGAGUAAAUCCGAACGCGGGCGUUCGCACCACGCUUUCCGAAGGGCCCGAUUGAGCUCUCCGCUGGGAGCCCCUUCAGGAAGGUUGAUACGUGCGCCUGACUUUCGCCGUGGGAAUAACCCCCAAAAGUAGCUUUCGUGCUGCACUGGGAUCACUCAGCUGCUUGAGUGAAGGUCAGAUACGAGCAACUGCAAGAUCAAGUCCUACAGUCUUGUAUAUUAUGUCUGUAUAAUAUUCUAGAUACCCUCAUGUGUAAAGCUGUUGAAUUAUUUAUUUCACAGUAAGUGUAUUUUUGUCUGUGUGUUGUUACUAAUUUAUAUCCUCAAACACUUCAUAACUUUAUAUGUAAAUACUUAAUAUUAUUGAUCUUAAAUGUAUGCAUCCUAUGCUGGGGGAAUGUUGCUACUUAAAACUUCAAAUGGCAUAACUCUAUUGGGAGAAAUGGCUUGUAAACUUGCAUUUUUGUACUAUGUAUUUAUAGAGGUAAAACUGAAUUUGAAAAAAUAGCUUUCAGUAGAGAACAAGCUUAGGAACUUAUUUAAAACCUGUUUUGUUUAUAUAUCAUGUUGCUUUUGCACCUCUGUUUCAAUGUCAAACUGUUUCUUAAAAAAGAAAGUCUAAACCUGGAUUAUACACUGAAGCAUCCAAUGGGACAAUAUUUGUUUCUGUUUUCCAAACAUAUGCACUGGCUAUAUGGUAAAACACAGCAGGAUAUUCUGUGCGACCUUUGACAGGUGUAAAUUGGUCACAUGUUGACAUUAUCAGGUUAUUUAAGAU